UAUUUUUCUAGGACAAAGAGAGAUCUUCAGAAACCAAAAAUGAAGUUCACUCUUACGUGGCGGUGCUUUGCACUGUUCCUUCUUCUACAUCAACCAAUGCCAGUUAACCCUGCCUCUUCAAAUGACACCCAUCCAACAGUUGAACCUGAGCCAUUUCUGUACGUCAUAGGACGCAAGAAGCUGAUGGAUGCACAGUACAAAUGCUAUGACCGAAUGGAACAGCUACCUCCGUACCAAGGAGAAGGUCCCUACUGCAACCGGACCUGGGAUGGAUGGAUGUGCUGGGACGACACUCCGGCUGGAGUCCUGAGCUUCCAGUACUGCCCAGAUUAUUUUCCAGACUUUGAUCCAACAGAAAAGGUUACAAAAUAUUGUGAUGAAACAGGAGUUUGGUUUAAACACCCUGGGAACAACCAGACCUGGUCCAACUAUACUAUGUGUAAUGCGUUCACUCCUGAGAAACUGCAGAAUGCAUACGCACUAUACUAUCUGGCUAUUGUGGGUCAUUCUCUGUCGAUUUUUACCUUGGUGAUUUCCCUGGGGAUUUUUAUGUGUUUCAGGAGUCUUGGUUGCCAGCGGGUGACCCUGCACAAGAACAUGUUUCUGACUUACAUUCUGAACUCUAUGAUUAUCAUCAUCCAUCUGGUUGAAGUUGUGCCCAACGGUGAGCUGGUGAGAAGGGAUCCGGUGAGCUGCAAGGUUCUGCAUUUUUUCCACCAGUACAUGAUGUCCUGCAACUAUUUCUGGAUGCUCUGCGAAGGGAUCUACCUACAUACACUGAUCGUGGUGGCCGUGUUUGCCAAGCAGCAGCACCUGCGCUGGUACUACCUCCUGGGCUGGGGGUUCCCACUGGUGCCGACCACCAUCCACGCUAUUACUCGAGCAAUCUACUUCAAUGACAACUGCUGGAUGAGCGUGGAGACCCAUCUGCUUUACAUCAUCCAUGGCCCAGUGAUGGCAGCUCUGGUGGUCAAUUUCUUCUUUUUGCUCAACAUCGUCCGGGUGCUAGUGACCAAGAUGAGGGAAACCCACGAGGCGGAGUCGCACAUGUACCUGAAGGCUGUGAAGGCCACCAUGAUCCUGGUGCCCCUGCUGGGAAUCCAGUUUGUCGUCUUCCCCUGGAGGCCCUCCAACAAGAUUCUUGGGAAGAUCUACGAUUACCUCAUGCACUCUCUGAUUCACUUCCAGGGAUUCUUUGUGGCGACUAUCUACUGUUUCUGCAACAAUGAGGUCCAGACCACCGUGAAGCGCCAAUGGGUACAGUUUAAAAUCCAGUGGCACCAGCGCUGGGGAAGACGCCCCGUCCACCGCUCCGUUUCCCGCACUGCAGCCUCGGCUGAGGAAGGCGGCAUCCCCGCUUACAUCUGCCACCAGGAGCCCAGGAACGACCCGGCCCACAGCCUAGGCGAGGAGGGUGCCGAAAUCAUCCCCUUGAACAUCAUCGAGCAAGAGUCAUCUGCUUGACUGUGAAGCCAACACA